CCAACAUUUUGUAUUUACUAAGCAAACAUUGAUUUUUGAUGAAAAUUUUGGAAAAAAACAAAUUGAAGAAAAUAAGGAAAUAAAAUCUAACAAUAGUAAUAGCAGAAUUUGUAUACGUGAUAAUUUUAUUACGAAAGAAUUUAACAAUUAUAAAGGCAAUUUAAUUGAUUUUAUGAGUAGUGAACCAAAUAAAAAUAAUCCUCAGGAUAAUAAUUCAAUUAAUAAUAAAAAUAGUGAAAUUAAUAAUAAAGUAAAUCGUAAAAAACCAAUUCCACCACCUAGAAGAUUUUUACCUCAUAUGGCACCAACAUUACCACCAACACCACCUUUAAAACCCAGAAAUCUAUCAAAGGCUACAAUUGUAGAAUUACAACAGGCAACAACAACAACGGUAAUAAAUCCAACAAAUUCCAUAAAAGUUUCACCUCCAAUUGUAUCAUCAAGAAGUAAAAGUACAGCUAAUAAAAAUUUAUCAUCAUCAUUAUUGUCAACAUCACCUCAUGAUAUGAGAUCACAAUUAAAAGAUGAUGAUGAUAUUUAUCAACCAAUAUGGAAAUGUCAAACUUUAAAUACAGUAGAGAAAAAUAAUAAUAAUAGUAAAUCUGAUUUUGAAUCAAAAUAUGUAGGAAAUAAUAAGGCGUCGUCUUUUAGUAAUAAUAAUGAAUCAGAUAUAAAUAAUAAAGACAAGACAUCUUUCAAAUCGUCGCAAUCACCAUUAUUAUCACCAUAUCUGAAAAAUAAAGAACCGAAAUUUAAAAUAACUUCAUUAGAUUUUAUUGAAGGGGCUGACAUUAAAGAUGAUUCAUCAACAACGGAAGAUUCAUCAGAAAAGAUAACCAUAAAUACAACUGAAGACGAUCACAGUCAAUGGGAAACAGACGAUGAGUUUAUGUUUUCAACCAAAAUGAAUAUUAAAGAAUCAAAUUCCAUAAAUUAUCCCCGAAAUUCGAACACGAAUUCAAAUGAUUUAUUAAUAAAAACAAAUAAGGAAAAUGAUGAUGAUGAUUUUAAUUGUGGUAGUAGUCUAUCAACUUCCACCGGAAGUACCUUAACUGGAAGUAAUUGUAUAAGAAUAUCAAAAUCAGAUCCAGAAUUAAAAAUGGAAUCAUUUUUAAUUAAUAAUGCGAAUUCGUACAAUGUGAAAAAUGAUCAAAAAACAACAAUGAUAAAUUUUGAUAAUACAAAUCAAAAUAAUUUUAAUUCAUGGAAAACAGUAUGCAUUUUAUAUAGUCCAUCUGUUGCAAAAUAUCGUAAAAUAUUAUAUGAUUAUAAUAGCAAUGAAAUAAAUUUUAAAUUAAAUGACAAUUUCUUAAAUAUAAAUGACAAUAUCAAAUUAAAUACUUCAAUUACAAAUAAUAAUAAUAAUAAUUCAAAUAAUAAUUCUUUUGAAAAUAAUAAUGAAACUCAAUUGGAAUCAAGGAUAACAACGAAACCUCUUCCUCAAUCACUUAAUUUAGAUAUUACAAAUAAUAAUUAUAAUAAUAAAAAUGAUAAUAAUAAUACUGUUAUAUUACGUUCCGAUUCAUUUCGUAUGAAAACUUCAUUACAUAGAAAUUAUGAAAAUAUUGCAUUAAAAAGAAAAAUUACUGCAAUGGCAGCAAUUGCUAGUUCUCAGAAUAGUAGCAAUACAAAUUGUAAUAACAAUAUUACAAGUGAAAGUACACCAUUAACAACUUUAACUAAUGCUACAAUUGUCGCUGAUGAAUCUGAAAAAUAUGGUUUUCUUUAUAAACAAAAUUUCAAUAAUAAUUUUCAAAGUAUUAUACUGGCAUGGAAGGAAACAUUAAUGAAUAUCAAUCUUAUUGAAGAUGAAGAAGAUAUGUUUGUUUCCGAGGAAGAAAUAUUAAAACUCAAAGAAACUGCUGUACAAUCGGAUCAAAAUAAUUUUCAGAAAUUCAAAAGUCAAUCAACUGAUAAUUUACAUAAUAUACCUGAUGCUCAAGAUAAAAAAUCAAUACGUGAAAGAUUCCGAAAUAAAUUGCAAAGAGGAGUUCUAAAAUUAAAUAGUCGUCAAGUCAAAGAUAGUGGCAAUAAAAAAGGAAAGGAAAGCUUUAAGCGUCUUAACGUGAAUAGUGUUUGCUUUGAAGAUCAACCAAAAUAUCCUAUAUUUGAUGCCGAAUUGCAAGAAGUUGAAAUGAAUGGUAUAUGUGAAAAUGUACCACGUUUUGUAGUUGAUUGUAUUGAGAUUAUUGAACAAAAAGACUGUAUACAAAUUGAUGGAUUAUAUCGGGCAUCUGGAAAUAAAGUUGCUAUUGAUGAUUUAAAAAAAAGAUUAACUGAAAACUAUAUAUUUGAUUAUAAAAUGUUAAUGAAAAAUGAAGAUAUUCAUACGAUAACUGGUCUCUUAAAAUUAUUCUUUAGAGAAUUAAAAACUCCAUUAAUACCAGAAUCAUAUUAUCGUAAAUUACCCGAUAAUUUAGUUGACAAUUCAAAUUUACCAUUAAUUAAGGAAAUAUUGAAUGAAAUACCACAACCAUCAUUGGGAACCUUAAAAUAUUUAUUAAAGCACUUAACAACUGUGGCGCAAUAUAGUUCAGAAAAUCGUAUGCCUGCAUCUAAUUUAGCUAUAGUUUGGGGCCCUUGUAUAUUAUUAUCCGAAAAUACAGGACCAUUCGAUAUUGGACGAAUGAAUACUUUAGCAAAGGUUUUAAUUGAAAAAUAUGAUUUUAUAUUUGGAGAUGAUGAACGACUAGUUAAUUAAAUUAAAUAAAUUUUAUUUUUAAAUUAACUAUAUUAAAAAAUUUUUAUAUGAAAAUUAUCCAAUUAAUUAUGAUUUAAUCUUAAAAUUUUUUAUCUUUGUAAUCUUUAUAGCAUCACUUUACUCUUAUUAAUUCACAAAAUAAUUAGCUUAAGUUAUAUAAUUCCCUAAUAUAAUUAAUUUAAAUAAUAAUAUGUACAUAGUUUUAAGAGAGAAUAUACCAAAAAUGAAAACUUUUUUUUUAUUCUUUUUUGUAAAAAUAUAAAGGUAGCUAAAACACUCCGAUAACAUUAUCUAAACGAACAUUGUGAUAAAAGUAAAAUAUUAGACAUUUAUGUAUAGUGGAAUAAAUUAUAUUUAUAUAAGAUUCAGGAGUUAAUAGAUAUAUACUUUUUAAUAAGAUUAUGUAUUAUAUUUUUAGUUGAAAAAUUUAAAUAUCAUAAGUUUUUAUAUCAUUAU